CGUCUUCCUCUCACCCAAUCACCAAAACUGACGGGGAAUCGCCGUUCCCUCAAAUGUUCUCACUCCUCCACAUGCUCAUUUUUCUUGCCCUAACGAUGGCUCUUGCCGGCGCCGAAGUCGUCGUCAAGAUGACCCCAAAAUCGGUGGCCCAUGUCUUCAAAAAAGAGAUGUCCUCCCUUCACACUUCGCUGCUUCACCUCAAGCCUUCGCCAUUUCAGGCCACUUAUCUAGGCCUCGAAAUGACGAUCGACCACCUGCAAGUCGUUGAUUUCAAAAUGCCAAAACUUUCGUACGAGACUUCUGCAUCACAAUCCCACAUGACAUUCAAACUUCUCGGUGGCUCUGCUCGUCUCCUUGGACAAUACUCUGCCGUUUACAAGACCAAAAGAGAAGGCCAAUUCGAGAUGAUUUUUGAGCAUUUCCAUAUGUCUGUCCCAGUGAAGCGAACCGCGUUGACAAAGUUUACUGUCGCCUCUGACGAGUGCACCUUGGAAGUUGACGAGUCGAUGAUUACAAUGAGCCCAGUGCUUCCAGAGCAAAUUUCCGCGAAAAUCAAAUCCGACCUUCUCGAUCAACUAAAGGAAGCUGCCUGCUCAAAUGCCACCCAGUUCUUCUCAAAAUUGAACUCACACCUGAUUCAUUUUGCGGAGGCAACAGACAUCAGCCAAGGUGGACAUCCAUCUCAUAUCGACGUGGAGCUUCAUUUCCAAAAUCCGACUUCUGAAGAUGACACUGCAAUCCACGUGGAUGUCACUGAAAGCGUAGUUAACGCAGAGCUCUCAAAGUUGUACUCUAGCGCCAAUACACGAUUCAUUUGGAAUGAUGUCCCUGAAAUUAAAGAACUUCUGAAAUCCUGUAAAACUACUGAAUGCAGAUUUAUUGAAGAUGGUGAUAUUGUCUCCUCAUUCUUCGAUCGUCCAUCCAUCAGAAUUCAAUCGGAUAACACCGUUUCUCUGCGUCUCCCACUCUCAACCUCUCUCACAACUACCAAUGGAAAAGAGUUGUUCCGAAUUCAAACUGAAGUUGAGCUGAAUCUAGAAGAUAUUGUCCUCGAACAUCCAGAAAAUGGAGAAGUCUUCUGGAGUGCUAAAUUCCAUAUCAAGAAUAUCAGAAUUCUACAAACUUCCAGCUCAAGAAACUUCCAGAAGUUCGCAACAAGAAUGGAGUCUUGGAUUGAAGAGCACAAGCUUUUCAUGGAGAACCUCCUGAACACCUACAUUCAAGGAAGCCUUCCAGUCCAUCUCCGAUCUCCUCUCGCCUGGACACAUCGGGUUCACGCCCGGCCAAUCUUUUCCACGUCAUCUCUCUCGUUCCACGUGCAUCCACACUUCUCACCAUCUCUGCGAGUCCUCGUCUAGAUCUAACCACAUUUCCCCUCCCACAACCACUUAUCUGUAGUUUUUGGUAAACCUCUUCUUAAACUGUGAUCUCAAGUCAGCUUGAUACUCAAAUUGAAAAAAAAGAAACUGGUAAAGGAAUUCAAUGAAUAAACAAUUCAACACAUCAUCU